AUGUAUUCCCUUUGUCAUCUCUAUAAGAUACAGAGGUUUUCCACUCUAUGUCGAUUGUAUGGUAUUGGUUAUAGGCUUCUUUGUAAACUUAACCACACUAAGUCGUCUACAGUCUUACGGCUGAAGGCGAUUUGGUUAAAGGCUAAGCUACCUUUCGAGUUGUGGCUUGGCCAGUGCUGUCCUGUCGACCCUUAUUUAAAAGGUCGAUUGAUCUGGAAGCUUCAACAAGCUUUCAGACCUAAGGAUCUUGUGGUGCCUCCAACGAGUACUUAUAAGUCUGAGACUUUUGAGUACUUAGAGGAUAUGACACUUCUAAGAUCUUGGACUGAAGCCUGGCUCAAGUACGUCAGGUGGUAUUACGCUACUGCUUUAUCCCCAGAUGUUUCCAUCGAGGAUUUUAUCCAAGCUCCUGUUGUUACUACUCGCUCUUUCCAGCGAGUAAAGAGUUUCCACUUCUGA